AGCUGUUUUGUCUAUCCGCAGCUCUUUUCCUUUCGGUUCCCGCAGGUUCAAAUUUGGGACACCCAAUGCACCUGUUGGUGGUGUCUGUUGUAAUUGCAUCUGCAUGUACAACACAACGCACGCACUUUGUCAUCAUCCAUCGUCCAAGCAGGGAAGACCUUCUCACAUCUUUGACACAUUGAUGGCAUUCCGCUUCCUUUAAGCACCAUUUACCACAACGCUCUCGAUUCUCAUUUUGGCUGGCAUUUUCACAAACACCUUAGGGUCACUACUCAUUCGCUUAAAACGGCAGCAUUUGACGCAUUGAUGGCCACCGCCCGAAUUGUUAAACUCGCUGCAGCUUUUCAGAUGAAUAACCCACUUUUCUGCUUGGACAAGUCCCCGUAUUUGUCGGUGAGAAUCAUCAAUUGGUGGUCAAAGAAUCAGCAUCGAUUUAUGACCAGCAGUAAGCGUGUACAAGACCGAAGCAAGAACAAACGGGUGCACGAUCUGGAAAUCGCAACCGAGAAGUUGAAGAUAGCAAGCAAGGUCCUCUUUUUGAUGGAGAUUCUAAAGAAAGAGCCCGAGAUGAUUAUCCUGCUGCGCUCACUGGACCAGUACCGGAGGCAGAUCAACCUCCCAAAGCCCCACAAGAUCUCCGACUUCGUUCGCAAAGUGCCGAAACUCUUUGAACUCUACAAGGACCGGAACGGCGUGUUAUGGUUCGGAAUGACGAAGCAGGGCGAGGACUUGGUCGAAGAGGAGGAGAGAAUAAUCGAGGAGCACCAAGACAAGGCCGCCGAGCAUGUCACGAGGUUUCUAAUGAUGUCCGUGGAUAAACGUCUUCGUUUAGACAAGAUUGCGCAUUUCAGAAGAGACUUUGGCUUGCCAAUUGAUUUUCGGACCAACUGGGCGCACAAGUAUCCUCAGUUGUUCAGGGUAAUCAAGUGUAAUGAUGACGAUGAGAAUGAGUAUUUGGAACUUGUUUCCUGGAACCCUUCCUGGGCUAUUACUGAGCUGGAGAAGAAGGCAAUGGCGGUGAGUGCGAGUGAGGUUAAUAAUAACGCUCAUACUCCGGGACUGCUUUCGCUUCCUUUUCCUUUGAAAUUCCCUACCAAUUACAAGAAAGUGUAUAGAUAUGGAGGAAAGAUUGAGCACUUUCAGAAGAGGUCUUAUUUGUCCCCAUACGCGGAUGCUCGGGGACUUAAACCCGGCUCCCUAGAGUUUGACAAGAGAGCCGUUGCCGUUAUGCACGAGCUGCUAAGCUUCACUAUUGAGAAGAGACUGGUGACUGAUCAUCUUACGCAUUUUCGCCAGGAACUUGUGAUGCCCCAGAAGCUGAUGAGGCUUCUUUUGAAGCAUUUUGGGAUUUUCUAUGUCUCAGAGAGGGGGAAGAGGUUUAGUGUCUUCUUGACAGAAGCUUAUGAAGGUUCGGAGCUCAUUGAGAAAGGGCCGUUGGUGCUUUGGAAGGAAAAGGUCCAGGGUCUUAUUGGUUACAGGGGAAGGAAGAAGAAGAUUGAAACUUUUAGUGACAUGUCAGACGUGGAACAUGAUGAUCAGUUCGAGAAUGAUUCUGAGACUGAAAACAUUGUUAUGCAAUCUGAGCUAGAGGAUACGGUCGGCGGUUUGCAGGAGGAUGCUUUGCUUAGAGACAAUGAUGAGAUGGAGAUUGGAGAGGUUUGCAGUGCAUACGAGGAUACUGAAGCAUCUUGAGAUUUUCCGCAUGUUCUUUCAAAUUUCUUCCUCUAUGGUACUGGAGGAAAGCAAUGGAGACCAACAAAUUGACGUUAAGAAUCAGAGUUGCGGGAAAAUGCUGUCUUUGAUUUCCAAAACACAAACAGUCGAUCAAUGAAUUCAUUUGAAGCCCAGUGAUUGGGCAAACAGCUUCUGCCAAUUCUACCUUGUGAUUUUACCAUUGCAUCUAAAUAUGUUGAUCGGCAAAGAAGGGCUUCUCAUUUAAAGUUCAGUACCAAAACCUCCUUGCAAGUCGAAUCAAGCUAUUUGGGUGGUAUUUCCAGUCACGUUGCAGUUGGUCAUCUCAGUCCAAGGUGGCUGCUAAGGUGCAAUUUUCCCGUCUUAUAUAAUAUCAUUUACCAGUUAAUUAGUUAUAAAAAAACUAACGAAGAUUUUCUACUGCUACUCAGAGUGGAAGUCGUCAACAGCUUCCAACAUAGAAAAUUUUCUUCUCUCCCCACCUAAAAAAUCUAUAAUGGUUAGGUGUAUCCCUUUCAAGGAUAAA